AUGAGAACGUGUGUGGCGAGCCCGGAUAGUAGUGCGUUUGAGUAUGUCUGGUUGUCGUACAUGCAGAAGAUGUUGUGUGACGGAGACUGGUCGCAGUUGCCUGACUCCGUGGAGGUUGGUAUGUUCCGAUUAAAGACUUUAAGGAAUUUAUGGCAAAGCAAAUUGUGGGCGGAUGGGGAGUUUCGACCUUCGAUGGGCGUCUACGCCGUGGUGACGACGGCGGGCCAAAUUCGGAGUCUGGCUAAAGCGUGUUCUCUGAGGCGGGAUGAGCUGCUCAAAGCUGAAAUUCGACAGCGAUGGUCGAAUGACCGCCAGCCAAAGUAUAUCUUUAAGGACCACAUCAAAUACCUGGACCAAGUUUCGUUCGACAAACUCUGCGACCUUUCAUGCUGGCGGCUUCGGUGGUAUGCGAAUCAUAAUAACUCUCAUCUCUUCAACAGCGAGAUUUGGUGGCGAGGGAAGAAGGCUAGAAGCCCUCUCUUGGACCGAGUGCUGAAAGGAGAGUUUACGGCCCAAUUCGGGCCUAAUGAAAUUCUCGUGGCGGUAACACUGUGA